GAUCUGUGCGUGUGGGUUUGUGAACCCGUGAAGAACCCCUGGUUUUGUUUGUCGCCACCUUCUUGUGCGCCUGCAGGUGGACCAACGUUGUCUUCUGAAACGAACACGGCACGACCAGACGGCGUGUGUUUACAUUCACCACCGUCUUCAACAUCCGGUCCAUCAGACUGCUAUCUUCAUCAUGGUGUGUCUCCAGUAUGGAUCAGAUGCUCGUUGGUCUGGUCGCGUUGUGGCAAGGGGAGGCAGAAUCUGCGUUUGUAACGUGAGCACGAUCGCCUUUUCACGUUACACCGCAUGCUCGAUCCGGCCUGGCACAACCAGCCACCGCAUGAACGGUCACGCCUUGUGUCGCCAGGCCGAGAAAGACCUCUGGUUUCAAUUCGAUACCAGAAGACUGACGGAUAGCGUUGAGGCCCAGCCAUUUGCGAACAUGACAACCGUCACACUUUCGGAAAAAGGGCCGUGCCUUCGAUUUCGUUCAAUCGUUACACCAAUUGUUCUCAACAAUUACCAGGUGCGGCGUCCGAAUUGGAAGACAUCUCAAUGCCUCGGAUUCUGCAGAACACCCGUCAGCAGUCUUCCCUCAACCACGAUGGUCAUGACGCCCUCACCCCGUCUGUUUGUAGAACAGCCACUUUCCGUUCUCCUUGCGCAGAUACGACAUGGUCACGCUCUCCUUAAUCGUAUGCGUGGGAUCAUGAUGAAUGCGCAGCAGCGUCCACAUCACCGCCGUCCCACUUUUCUCGUCCACCUCGGCGUCGAUAUCGAUCAGUUCGUUUCGAUAAUAGGGGUACUUGCGCGCAAUCACCUCGUAGGCAUGGAUGUACUCGUCGAGGUUGCGCGCAAAGGGCACGUCGGAGUGCUCAAUGUACGCCUCGAAGUCGGCGGUGUAGUGCUGCAGGGCCCAGUGGUUCCAGGUUUGCGUGGAGAUGCAGUUGCAGAUGGCGGUGCCGAGUUCUUCGCAGUGGAUUUCCGCGCGAGUCUUCUUUUUGUGCGAAGAGGGAGGGGAGGCGGCGGCGAGGUCGGCAUCGAGGAGCUCGAGGGAGCUUACGUGCUUCGUCGGAUCCUUCGAGGCGUCGUGCUGCUCUUCGGCCAUCCGGUCCAUGCGCGCGGCGCUUCUGCUAGCUAGCCCAUCUCGAGAGGUCUUUUGCAGAUAAUGGGCGCGGCUGUCGCGCGCAUUAUGUAGGUCAUUGGCGUCGAUCAGGCGUGCAGUUGCUCUUGCUUGGCAGUUACCGGCAAUUGCCGAUAAUAACCUACUUAUGACGAGCGCGCAGAGCUGGAAUACGAGGCGUCUGGUAUUCCCGG